AUCGCUCUAUAGCUCCACAUCCUCCCCUAUAUGGCCUUGUUUUAGCAUAAUAAUAUCAUAACAUUAUAAUGGCACAAAGCACAGGAAAAGCCACCGCGGGAUCGGCAAGCAUCAACCUCUUGAACACCAUUAUCGGUGCGGGGAUGCUUGCGAUGCCGUAUGGUAUCAAAUCUAAUGGUGUCUUGCUUGGGAUCUUUGUCGUCAUCUUAAGUGGGGCCUCGUCCUCUUUCGGGCUCUACCUCCAGACGAAAUGCACGCGCUACGUUCCAGUGGGGCACGCGUCGUUUUUCGCCUUGUCGCAGCUCACCUACCCCUCCCUUAGCGUUAUUUUCGAUUUGGCGAUUGCCGUAAAGUGCUUAGGGGUCGGUAUCUCCUACUUGGUUGUUGUGGGGGACUUAAUGCCCAAAAUCGCCAAGUCCUUGAUUGACGACACGUACUUGGAAGGGCACGGGAUCUUGUUGGAAAGAAAUUUCUGGAUCUCUCUUUUUAUGGUCAUUGUGGUUCCGUUGUCCUUCCUAAAGCGGUUGGACUCUUUGCGAUACGCGUCUAUGGUUGCGCUUUCGUCGGUGGCGUACCUUGCUGUUUUGGUAGUGGUGCACUUUUUCAAGAAGGACAUUGUGGAAAAGGGUCCGGUAAACUACUUUGUUCCACACUCUGUAUCUUCCGCACUCGGAUCGUUUCCGAUCUUUGUAUUCGCCUACACCUGCCACCAGAACAUGUUCUCGUUGGUCAACGAGUUAGAAGAUAAGUCGUCUCGAAACAUGAACCGCGUUAUUAGCUACGCCAUUGGAAUUGCUAUGACGCUCUACGUGAUUGUGGGUGUCUCUGGGUACUUGACCUUUGGUGACCUUGUGGGUGGGAACAUCAUUGUAUCCUACCCUGAAUCUUUUUCCUCCACUUUUGGCCGCGUCGCCAUUGCGUGUUUGGUGGUAUUGUCUUACCCAUUGCAAUGCCAUCCAUGUCGCGCCUCCGUCAACAAUAUUUUGCACUACUUUGAUAUCCUGUUGGGAGGCGAAGACGAAACGUCCAAGGUAGCUGCCGCCGAGGAACAGAGAUUAGUGGGUAGCGGGGAUGAUCAGAGUAGUACAGCAAAUGAACAGGUAAUUGUGGCUCUUACUAAGAGAAACCACUUGAUCAUCACCUCAUUUGUGUUGCUUAUCAGCUAUCUCGUUGCGAUUUCUGUGAGGUCUUUAGAGCACGUUCUUGCGUUCGUGGGGUCUACGGGCUCUACCUCGAUUUCCUUCAUUUUACCUGGUAUUUUUGGCUACAAAAUGAUCGGAGCCGAUAAGAUCGCCAAUAACGAGCCAUUGACAAAAAAGGAAAAACUCCAAAAGUAUGGUGGCUUUGCGUUGGCCAUCUGGGGGUUCAUUGUAAUGAUUGUUUGUUUGAGUGCCACCAUCUUCUUGGGCGCCAAAGGAUAAUCCAUAGGGAGAGUAUUUAAGCAAAUGUGCGCGUAAUUUAUUAUAAAAGAUGUUAAUAACCCUG